UAAUGCAGGAGGGGAAAGCGUGGUCUCCACACGACGCGCUUCACGUGCCAGAGCAGCGUCCGAGCUGCGUGCCCACUGUACAUAGACGGCCUGGCCCCCGUUAAUGGAGGUCAACCUUGCGACUGAGUAUAUUGUUUUUGGCAACUAACACAGGAUGUUUCGACAUGUCCUACGGGAUUUGUCAUGAAUCAGCGACAUUCACGAUCUUCAUCUACGCCUCACUACCGCACGCGACCGCGUCACUAGGCCAUGGACAGCGUCAACGUCUCCGAGCUGGUCGCUCGAUUGGGAGCGGAUGAGGAGUCGACUAGGAAGAUGGCAGCAUUCAAGCUGCAGUCUGCCAUUGGAGACCCUUCAUUCGCAGACGUGUUCAUGUACGAAGGCGGUUUGCCAAAACUUAGGUUUCUGGCCCUGCAUGCAACUGGAAACACACUGGCAUAUGGCCUCACGUCGCUGGCGCGCCUUCUGGAGCUAGACAAGGGCUGGGACCAUGUCACAGAUGAUCUCAUAGUGAGGAUAGUUGAUCUCGUAGUCGCGCAGCCGCUCGUCAAUGUCAAUCGAGGUGCCAUGUCGGUAUUGGCUGCGAUCGUCGGACACCCUCUCCACCGAACCUCUCAACCUGGUGUCACUGGCUUCCAACGGCUCAAGCCAGCAGUCGACACCCAACCACAAUUCCUUCCUUCGCUUGUCGAAAAGAUCACCUCCGCCGACCAUGCCCUCUGCGCAAAUUCGCUCCAGCUGAUCAAUGCGCUGAUGCGCGACGCUAUCGCACACGAUGCGGACUUCGAGGCGCCUAAGUUUAUAAAGCAGCUCCAAGAGCUAGGUGUGAUCAAGAGCGUGUAUGUUCUCAUGCAGAGCUCUGCGAUACAAGACCUGGCGCAUCCGUUACUCGACUUCCAGACGCUCACAAAAAUAUUGCUACGCAAUUGGCGGGAAGAGAAGGUUGAUUUGGAAAAGUCCGAUCACCGAAGGGCUAUUCGAGGCUUGCACACUGCCAGCACUGUUGAAAAGGGAGAUGCUCUAGGCAGCAAGAAGCUGAAGUGGAGGCGAUUGGGAUUCGACACCGAGUCGCCGGCGUGGGAAUUCGAGGCUACAGGUUUCCUUGGUCUCAUGGACUUUACUGACUACGUCUAUAAGAACGAAGAUGGUUUCCAGAAGCUCCUGUUGGAGCAGUCAGCAGAGCCUGUUGAGCAGCGCUGUCCAAUUGCUCGGGCCAGUCUCUCAGUGACGUCCAUUCUAUACGAACACUUUGAAGUAGAAAGGGCAGACGAUCUGGACUCGCAACGGUACACAAUUCUGGAGUCUCGGGCAAACUUCGACCGUUCUUUUAGGCCUCUGUUACUCCACUGGUCGAGAGUGCACACAAGUGGUCUCAAUGCGCUCAUCCGGUUGUGGAAGACAGCAGGAGCUCAGGUCGAGGACUUCGACAAGAUUGAAGAACUGGUCCGGAUACUGAUCGAGCAGGUCGUAGGCCAGGCGCCCCGCACGAGGGACAUCAAGGAUGUCGAAGAAGAGCUUGCAGGGUUUGAGAUACAGAGACUGCGCGAGCUGCAGAUGGAGUUACUCGAACUCACAUAUGAGGAUGCAUGGGGCCAUCACUUGCGCCAAGUCCGUGAAGAACUGAACCAUGAGGCCCUCCAAUUCGUCAAAGAGCAGAGAAUAAGGUGCUUACUCCAAGGCGGGUGGUUUCCAAGUGGCCUCGAUCAUAGCUCGGGUGCGGGGCCAGUCAUAAGCAAGACUCUCAGCCGUGCAGUCCCCUCAGCGUGGCGUUUUGUACGACUAUCACACAACCGACGAUAUCUGCAUUACGCCGAUUUCGACGAGAAAACAUCAGCGGAACCGAGGUUGGACGCCUUGCAGGAGAAAAUCGAUCUCUCUAUCGUGUCUUCUGUGGUGAGCAACGUUUCGGCAGGAGCACCAUCAUCCUCUUCGUCUGACAGCACGGUCAAGAGUCUCCCGCACGAGCGAGCGACUACCUCGACUAAAAUAACAAUUCAUGGCUACUUGCCAGCUACCAGUCACUCACGACAGGCAUCCAGCGGCUCAGGUGCGGGCCGCAAAGAGUCUGUUCUGCUCCACUUGCACCCCCAGAGCCAUACUCUUGCCUCAGAAUGGCUGGACGGCCUGCUUAUGCUAUUGAACCAACAGCCUAUUACGGCUGACACCAAUAAGCUUGUGAACUUCAUUGGGGGCUAUGGACUGAAGAUACGCCUGCUGAACGUGCGCUUCGAGGAUGUUGGGUUGGAGGAGCCGAUCUUACCAAGUCGUGAAGGAUUGGACGACGAGUAUUAUUACGACAUAGCUGGAGCAUGAGGCUGAGUACAGCCGUUUCUAUUGGCAGUACACGCCGUGUCUCAUUUGUUCACAGACCUGAGGGCUCUGCCGAAAGUUAAUAGGCUUUGACAUGGCGCUACCAUUCCGCAAUCUUGAGAUUGGCAGUCCAGCGCACAAGGUCAGGAGUUUUUGACUAUAACAGUGGGCAAGUUUUUGGGGGCGGCAAUUUGUUGUUGG